AUGGCGCAGUGUGGCAAAUUUUUAAUUUACUUUUCCAUCUUCAUCAUCACUUUGGCGACAUUGUGCUCUUGUCAAAGCGGUAGCGUUAUCUAUAAAGAUGGCUUGUAUACUUUUUCAAAAGGAAUCAAUAAAAGAGCGGCUAGUUAUGGUACAUUUACGGACAAAAUUGCAAGUAGUGGAUGGACAUACCUAGAUGUCCAUACUAAUCCGCAAGACGACGACUUCAUAACAGCUUAUGCUGCUGGCUAUGUCGAAGGCAUUUUAACCGCAAAGUAUAUCUAUAUGCAUUGGAAAAAUACUGUAGGUGAUUAUUGCAAACAAAAAUCAAUUUAUUGUCAGAAAUUGAAAAGUUUUAUUAUGAAAAAUAAUCAAUGGAUGGCAACACAAAUCAAGCAUAGGCCACAUUCCAUUUAUUGGUACCAUAUCAACCUAACGCUUAUACAACAAAAAGGUUUGCGAGAUGGAUAUCAUAAAGCCAUGCCUCAUAAACCGAUUGACGAAUUUUCAUUCUUAUUAAUUGAACUUAGCGGAGAUCUGGAAUCGCUAGAAACUGCACUAAAGGAUGAAGAUACUCAUCAUGUACUUGGUAGUGGAUCGUGUUCGGCCUUCAUAAAAGUCCUACCCGACAACAGAGAUUUAUACUUUGCACAUGAUACAUGGACUGGCUACCAAACCAUGCUUAGAAUAUAUAAAUAUUACGAGCUCAACUUCAGUAUGCUGCCAAAAACCAAUGUUACUGUUCCUGGAACGCGAAUUUCUUUCUCAUCAUAUCCUGGCACAAUUUUAAGCGGGGACGAUUACUACCUUAUUGGUUCUGGUUUGGCAACUAUGGAAACUACGAACGGAAAUAGCAACGAAAAACUUUGGAAAUACGUUACACCUUCGUCAGUACUAGAAUGGAUUCGAACAAUUAUUGCGAAUCGUUUAACAAGCUCUGGAAAUGAUUGGGUGAAAAUCUUUAGUAAAUACAACAGUGGAACGUACAAUAAUCAGUGGAUGAUACUCGACUAUAAAUUAUUUGCUCCGAAGCGUCCUUUAAAUCCUAACACCUUAUGGGUUUUAGAACAGAUACCCGGUAAAAUAGAAUCCGCUGAUGUCACGAAUGUUUUAAAGAAACAAGGUUAUUGGGCCAGUUACAACGUACCAUAUUUUUCAAGCAUUUUCAACAUGAGCGGUAACCAAGAACAAGCAAAGAAAUACGGUAACUGGUUUACACAUGACAAGUGUCCUCGUGCGUUAAUUUUUAAGCGAGAUCAGCACAAAGUUAAUUCUAUGGAAUCUUUAAUGAAGCUAAUGAGAUACAACGAUUUCAAACAUGAUCCAUUAUCUAGAUGUAACUGUACUCCUCCAUAUAGUGCAGAAAAUGCCAUUUCAGCCCGAUCAGAUCUUAAUCCAGCUGAUGGAAAGUAUAAUAUUGGAGCUCUAGGUCAUCGUUGCCAUGGAGGCACCGACAGUAAAUCUACCAAUUAUACCAUGUUUCAUUCAGGACUAAAGAGUUAUGCCAUUGCUGGGCCGACACAUGAGCAGCAACCUCCAUUCAGAUGGAGUACGGCAAAAUUUAAUAUGACCAAGCCCCUUGGACAUCCAGAUCUGUUUAAUUUUACUCGUCAGUUAGUAUCGUGGGAUUAAUUUUCAAAUACUAAAGAUCAUGACUUAGUUGCAAGACAAUGCCAUUAUGGCAACAGUGUUAAUUGUAUUGAUAGAAACCUUGUAUGAACAACUUCAAUUUGCUAUGAUUCAAGAUAAUGAUCCAUAUUUAAUAGUGCAUCAAAAUUCAAAAUUAUUUUAAUCGAAGAAUUAUGACGCUAUUUUAUUGUUAGAUACUGACUGAUAUUACUGGUAAAGUUUUUGUGUUUUUAAGAUCUAUCUAUAUUGAAUUUAUUAUUGUAAUAUAACUUGUAAUCUGUAGGUAUAUUUUGAUUGCAUGAAAU